AUGUCCGUCGAAACUAUCACCACUAUUUCCCCCGCCACCAACACCCCGGUCGUGACUCGACCUGGAGUUACGGACGAAGAGCUGUCUCGUCUCCCGGAAAUUGGCCAGGCUGCCUUCCGCUCGUUUUCGCAGUCGACAACUCUUGAACAACGCCAGCAGAUAGUGGCUCGUGCUCUAGAUGUUUUCGCCAAGAAGCAAGAUGUAUUGGCUCGCGAGAUCACUGAGCAGAUGGGACGCCCAAUCGCAUAUACUGGCAAGGAAAUCGCGACGGCCAUCAAGAGAGGACAAGUGCUGAUCAAAACGAGCAACUCUGUGCUGGGCGAAGAGGGCAUUGUUCAGGGAGUACCGGAGGAUGGAUUUAGGAGGUUCAUCAAGCGACAGCCCGUUGGAGUGGUACUGAUCAUUUUCCCGUGGAACUACCCUUACCUGACCCUCGUUAACAGCUUGAUCCCUGCUAUUCUGGCUGGGAAUGCUGUAAUCAUCAAGCCCUCCCCACAGACCCCGACGAUUGUCGAGCAGGUGGCCGCGGCCUUCACUGAGGCUGGUCUACCGAAGAACGUUAUCCAAUACUUCCACUCCGGCUCUCUUGUUCAGCUAGAGACUAUUGUCCGAUCUCCUUUGGUGAACCACAUUUGCUUUACUGGUUCCGUCGCUGGUGGAUUGGCUGUGCAGAAGGCUGCUUCGGAUAGAAUCGUGAACGUCGGCCUUGAGCUUGGUGGCAAGGAUCCUGCAUAUGUGCGCGAAGAUGUGGACUUGGCGUGGGCGGCAGAGGAGAUUGUCGACGGCGCUAUCUUCAACAGUGGUCAGAGUUGCUGCUCAAUUGAGCGGGUGUAUGUGCAUUCGAGCAUCUACGAUUCGUUCAUUGAGGAGGUCAAGAAGGUGCUUAGCAACUACCGGGUUGGGGACCCUCUCGACGAAAAGACUCAUAUCGGCCCUGUGAUUUCCAAGCGAGCCAAGGAGACUGUCCUGGCGCAUAUCGAGGAUGCGAUCAAGAAGGGUGCCAAAGACGAGACUCCGGCGAACGCGACUUUUGAGAACUUCCCGCCUAAUGGCAACUACGUCAAGCCGACACUGCUGACGGGCGUUACUCACGAGAUGACUGUUAUGACGGAGGAGACCUUCGGACCACUGAUUCCUGUGAUGAAGGUCAAUAGCGACGAGGAAGCCAUCAAGCUCAUGAAUGACAGCGAGUUUGGUCUGACUGCCAGCGUUUGGACCAAAGACAUGUCAACCGCGGAGAAGCUGAUCGAGAAAGUCGAGGCUGGAACGGUGUUCGUUAACCGAUGUGACUUCCCUAGUCCAGACCUGGCAUGGACGGGUUGGAAGAACUCUGGCCGUGGAGUGACUCUGAGCAGAUUCGGAUUUGAGCAGUUUGUCAAGCUCAAGAGCUAUCAUCUGAAGGACUACCCCAAAUAG